AUGUAGUAAGAAUAGAUACCGCAAUAAUAGAAUGUCACUCCAAAAAAGUAUUAAUUAACAACUCCAACAAAAGAUAAGAAAUAAAAUAAAACUAAUUAAUCUACUACAAUACAAUCUCCUAAGAAUAAUGAUUUUUAUUCUCCAAAAAAUGUCAAUCCUUGGAAAACACCUAAAUCUUUAUUAAAAAGUAAUCAUAAAUAAAAUACACCGGAUCAUUGUGUUUAAGCAUCUCCUUACAGUGAUAGAUAUAUUCCAUUAAAUGUUUCAAGAAAUUUAUUUAAUAAGCAAAUAUAGCCAUUUGAAAUAGAAGAGGAAAAUCAAUAUGAAGAACUUUUGAGUGAAAAUGUUUUAGAAAUUGACGAAAAUAAACAUGUAAGUAUUUUAAAUUUCAAUAAAUAAAAACAUGAAAAAGUUUAAUCGUCUAAAUAAUUAGAAACACCAAAAAGAAAGAUAGAUUAACUUCCAAUAAAGGUUUUAGAUGCUCCUGGAUUAGAAGAUGAUUUUUAUUAAGAUACACUUCAUUGGGGAAAAAACAAUCUUAUUGCAGUUGGUUUAUAAAGAUGUGUGUAUUUGUAUAAUGUUGAUAAUUCAAAAGUAUUUUAAUUAGCAGAACCUUUAAAUAAUAAUGAUUCAUCUGCAUAUUAUACAUCUUUGUAAUGGAAUACAAAUGGAUAGAUGUUGGCAAUAGGAUGUUGUGAUGGUUCUUUGAAAUUAUGGGAUUACAAUAAAAAUUCUUUUAUUGGAAUGAUGAAUUUGUCAAAUAAAAGAAUUAGUACAAUAAAUUGGGCAAAUCCUAAUGUAUUUGCUUAUGGUAGUAAGGAUAAGACAAUAAAUAUAUGUGAUAUUAGAGUACCAAAUUAUUAAAUAUGUUAAUUAUUAGGACAUACAUAGGAAGUUUGUGGUGUAACUUUUGAUGGGAAUGAACUUUAAUUAGCUUCAGGAGGUAAUGAUAAUAAAGUUUUUGUUUGGUAAAUGAGAGGAGGUAAUACUAAUGGUAAUAAUUAAUAUAUUUCUUGGGAAAUAAAAUCACAUAAAGCUGCAAUAAGAGCUUUAGCAUGGAAUCCUAAUUCUUGUGGAAUUUUGGCUACUGGUGGUGGAAAUUAAGAUAAAACAAUUAAAAUUCAUAGUUCAUUAACUAAUUAAUAAAUUACAAGUAUUAAUUGUGAUUCACAGGUUUGUAAAUUAAGAUUUUCUAAAAUUGUUAAUGAAUUAGUUUCAACACAUGGUUAUGAGAAAAAUUUAGUAUGUUUAUGGUAAUAUCCAACAAUGAAAAGAAUUCAUUAAUUAGAAGGACAUUCCGAAAGAGUUCUUUAUUUAUCAGCAAGUCCAGGUAUUUGAUUAAUUUAGACUAUUUUUUAGAUGAAUCAACUAUUUUAACUGGAUCUGGAGAUGAGACAUUAAAAUUUUGGAAAAUAUUUCCUACUAAAGUUUCAAAUAAUAUAUCUUCAUUGUUUUCAAUGUGUGAAAUUAGAUGA